UUGAUUUCAUCUUGCUUCUUGAAAUAUGUAUCCAUCAAGGACACCCUCAUUCAUUCUCCAAAUUUUUGUCUCAACAGCAUAAACAGAAUCCAGAAAUUAUAACGAACGAUGUUUGGCCGGAAGUAAUCGGAGCCAUCAAGACCAAUACUGUGCUUCAAUAUGACGAAAAGUAUAAAAAUGUCGAAGAAUGGGGUUACCCGGCACUGGCCAAGAGGCCUCAACGGAAAGGUCGUGGCAAGAAUGUUGUCUAUAAGCCAAUCGAAUUGUUUAAGCUUCACUUGGGAAACAUGCCAGAAUCCGAGAAGCCAUUCUUACCGAAAGGGUUGGAUUAUAGAAAAGCUAUUACGGAUUAUUUAAGAGAGAUGGCUAUGGUUGAUCAACAGUUAAUCAAAGGAACGACUGAAAGGUGCUGGCCCGGUCUAGAUCAUUUCAAUCAUGUACUGCUGGUACUAACUGUACCAGCCGAAUAUUCCGAAAAAUCAAAGGGAAUAUUAAGAGAAUGUGCGUUUAAUGCAGGAUUAAUCGGUAAUGUGAACUCUGAAAAAUUGCAAUUCUCAACCGAGCCCGAAGCUGCUGCUAUUCAUUGCAUGCGAGUGUUAAAAGAAUAUUUCGUCGAAACCGAAGGCAAAAGUAUCCUAAUUGUAGACUGUGGAGGAGGAACAGUUGAUCUGACAACUCGCAGAUUCAUAACAGGUGAUCAACUGGGUGAGAUAACCGAGCGUACCGGUGAUUUUUGUGGAGGCUCAUAUGUAGACAAAGAGUUUUUAAAAUUCAUGAAACGCCAUGUUGGUGAUCAAACAAUAAAAAUACUAGAGGAACAACAUUACGGUCAAUUGCAAUACAUGGUUCAAGAAUUUUGUCGGCGCGUGAAAUUACCAUUCACCGGAAAUCCGGAAGAAUUUAAAAUUUUCGAACUGGACCUCGAAGAGGUGUGUCCAGUGAUUAAACAAUAUGUUAUGGGAUCGUACAAGGAAAAAUUAGAAGAGAACGAGUGGAUAGUAGAACUUGAUUUCGAAUCGGUGAAAGCGAUGUUUGAUCCCAUCGUGGGAAGGGUAAUUCGAUUGGUUUCCGGACAACUUAACUCAGCUGGUGAUGUAUGUAAUGUAAUGUUUUUGGUGGGUGGAUUUAGUGAAUCUAAAUACCUGCAAAACAGGAUUCGACAAGAGUUUACAGAUAAAGUAAAGAACAUUGCAGUUCCCAAGCAGCCUCAAGCGGCCAUAAUGAGAGGCGCUCUAGAUUACGGACUUAAAAUGGAUACCAUUAGAACUCGAGUGUUGAAAUAUACAUAUGGCAUUGAGGUACAAUGUCUACACGGAAUGUUUGAUCCACCGGAACGGAAGAUUGAUGGAAAGUACAUCUUUAAGUUUCACAGGUUGGUUGAACGUGGACGAGAGGUGGGGGUGGAUGAGGCUUUUGGAGAGGUGUUUAGACCAUUGGAACACACGACUAGUCUAAGAUUCACGGUGUACCUAACCAAGGAAUUGAAUGGCACUUAUUGUGAUGAGCCAGGAAUGUCGUUGCUGGGGGAAAUCGUGAUUGAUAUGCCAGACACAUAUUUAGGGAAAGAGAGACCAGUCGAUUUUAAAUUGAUGUUUGGUAGGAUGGAGGUUACCGCCUUCGCUAAAAACCAAUUGACAG